AUGAAAAAAUCCAAUUUGACUUCUCAAGAACUAUUUAAAAAGGCACGGGCUAACAAUAGGGUUCUAAAAUUGCCCGAAUUAGAAACUUCUGCAAGGUUUUGCGAGAAUACAAUACAACAAGUAACUGUAAGUCAUGACUAUAAAAAGAAAAUAAUCAAAACCUGUGAGAAAGAGCUAAAGGAGGAAGAAUAUCGAAACCCGUAUACUUUACCGGAUCGGUUAAGGGUCACCACCACAGGUGUAAAACGUCCCAAGAGAACACGUGAUCCUCCUACCACGGAUGAAAUCUUAACAGUUUGUGACAUUGAUCCCGAGUUCUUUACAAUCGCAGAAGGAAGGCCAGUCAGGUCCUUCUAUGAUAUUAAAACCUUCAUGAGAGAUUUAAGGGACGCAACAUUACUUCGUGCCAACGCAGGCUAUGUAAAAGACAAAAUACUUCAAAUUGAAAUGUUUUCUGCUGCUGAACAAGAAGAAUUUAGUAAAGUAAAAAGUGAUUUCGAUAAAAUUAGACAAAAUUUUUUGGUAUUUUCUGAGGACAGUUUUAAGGAAGCAAAAUACGUAAUGAAGUUAGCCAAAGAGACUGCUUUGAAACUUGCUAAAGUAACCGAUGAACUGGAAGAAUACAGCUUCAAAUUCGUUAAGAUCAAGAAUAAACUGUUAAACAUUGUCGCGGAAUAUGAUCAGUUGGCACAAUACAAGAAAUUCUUAACUGAUAUUUCACCGAAAUGGUGGCGCAAACGCUUUGGUACUCAUUGCUCGAAGGCUGACAUACUAUGUUCCAAUUUAAUUGCUCAGUUGCAAUCGGAAUCCCCUGAGACCAUGACAUUGUAUAGAGAAAGUGCACUGUCACUGGCACGACUACCACCUCAGCUGUACUACAAAAGACCUUCACAGGUGAUUAAUUUUCUAGAAAACAUAAGUAGACAAUGUUUACACUAUUUGGAAGUAUGUGGAUCAUGCUCCGGAUCGUUUAUCGAAUUACAUAUGCAAAAGAGACUCCUCGAAGAUUCGAUACUGGACCACAGUACACAUAUGCAGUACGUUAUUGAUUUAUAUCUGAAGAAAGUAAAGACUUUGGAAGUCACCAGUGAGCUGUUUAAGGAGAGGUUCCAUGAAAUACUGGAGAAAGUAUUUUACGAGUUAGUCGCAUCUUACGAGUCCUCCAAGUUGUUCAUGUGUUUGCAAUUGGUACAUUCUGGACUGUAUGGAGACAAACCAGAUUGUAGAGAUUCGCUGACUAACCUGAUGAUUAAUAUAGAGACGUACUACGAUGAACUAUCGAAGGAACUAAAUUGUCUCGAUCACGUAGUAGUUAAAAAGGCUACUCGGCAGAUCUUUAAUCAACAUAAGAGAGCAAUGGCUGAAGCUCACCUUGCAAAGAAACAAUUGAAAGAAUAUUAUGCUUUACGCAAAGCGUUAAACAAAAGCUAUGACCCUCCAUAUACAUUGAAAAAUAGAUGGUAUAACUAG